GUCACCCUUGGGUGUUAGGAACGGAAAUGUUAACUGUAUGCCUUUGCGUUCUUUCGUUUGGAUUGUUGGUGAACUGUAACAUAGAUGUUCCUGAUAAUAGCGGCAAAGAAUUCAUCAUAGCUUUCAUGGACAACACGUUCAUAAAUAAUGACAGCCUGAAUGUAUUUCUUACAACCGACUUCCCUUCUCCAGUCCAAGUUCACAUUACUGCCCAUUCAUCCUAUCUCCAUCACCUCCCACAAAGUAAUAAAACAGUCAGCGUACGUAGGGGUUCAAUAACCAGGGUAAAUAUUCCUGAUAUUUUUGCAAUGAAGGACACAAACAGAAGUUUCAAAGGUAUCCGUUUAUCUGCUGACAAAGAGUUCAUUGUCUAUGGUUCCAAUGCAGAACCUUAUAGUUUGGAUGCAUUUGUAGCUCUCCCUGUGGAUAUUCUUGGACAGGAGUACAUCGCUGGAAGCUAUAGCGAUUGUUCAAGUAAUUUUCCUGCGCUUGUAGGACUUGUUGGCGUUCACAACAAUACGCAUAUAGAAAUAACUCCUGCUAAUGGCACGGAUAUCAUAGUUAUGGGCAACCCUGUAAAUUACAAAACACAAAUUACUCUGAACAGACUUGAGACCAUUCAAAUCGCAUCUACCAGCGACAUUACAGGUACGAGGAUCAAUUCAUCAAAACCACUGGCAGUAAUGUCAGGUAAUAAAUGCGCCAAAGUACCGUGUGGUCAUUUGUUUAGUUGUGAUCAUUUGGUGGAACAGAUGUAUCCAGUCGAUAGAUGGGGCUAUACGUACACAGUUGUUCCAUCAGCUUACCGGCAAAGUGGGGAUACUGUCCGCGUUGUAGGCAGUACUGAUGACACCGUGGUCGACAUAACCGGUAUCUCGCGUUUAAUUCUUCAUAGGUCUGAGUUCUAUGAAUUUAAUGUAUCGAAGAACGCUCCUGUAUAUGUCAAUGCCAGUAAGCCCAUUAUGGUACUGCAGUUUACGCAGAGCCAAGAUACGGAUGGUCAACACAGUGAUCCUUACAUGAUGUCUGUGCCUGCCAUAGAACAAUUCUCGACCAGUUACACCAUAGCUACCGCCAAUCUUCCUGAUAAAGUUUACAAAAACUUCGUAAAUAUAGUCAUCAAAAGCAGUUCUAAAGAAGGUCUUAGAGUUGAUGGAGCCGCUCUCAAUGGUGUUACAUGGCUAGCCAUUCCCGGAACAGACUUUACUGCUGCUCAGCUGAACAUCACUGAGGGCACACAUCGCAUAGAACAUAUUUCCCCUAUUCAGACUUUCUCAGUAUUCUCCUACGGGUUUGCUGAAUCCGUUUCUUAUGGCUAUCCAGGAGGACUGAGACUGGCAAACCUGGACAUGACUAAAUGUGUCCCGAACACUGGUCAGCCGGCAGAUGGCGUUGAUAACGAUUGUGACAUGAAAAUUGACGAAGAGCUCUUUAAUGGUAUUGACGAUGACGACGAUGGCGUAAUUGAUGAGGAUUUGUCUUCCCUACCGCCAGAGGUGGACUUUCCUAAAGAUGCAGUCAUUGUUUCAGGUAAUGCAUCUGUGAUUUUAUACCUGAUGGGACAACUCAGUUCACCAAACGUGACAAGCUCUGAACGGUGUACUGUGUACAGUAAUGUUACUGUUAACUACACAGAUUCGACCAAUGACAAUGGCUGUGGGGUGGACAUCAAGCGCACGUGGCUCGUGCAGGACGGGUGUGGGAACAUCGUGCGGUCAGUUCAGACCAUACUUGUAUACAAUUCAUGGCAAGCUCUCCGGGCACAUCCUGGACAGAACUGUACGGGGAUGGUGGAGGUAGUGGGAUGCAAUGACACCGCAGACGCGGCUGGCCAAUGUACAACUGCCCCAUGCCAAGGCAGUCAAGGCCUCUUCAUGCUUGCUGGCGGUCUUGGUUGUUACUGUGCCCGGUCUCUCGAUAAUGCCUGGUGUCUGCAAGUUCAAAAGCGGAGUCACCCUGGGGUGAAAGGAAUGGAAGUGUUAACCGUUUGCUUUUGCGUUCUUUCGUUUGGAUUGUUGGUGAACUGUAACAUAGAUGUUCCUGAUAAUAGCGGCAAAGAAUUCAUCAUAGCUUUCAUGGACAACACGUUCAUAAAUAAUGACAGCCUAAAUGUAUUUCUUACAACCGACUUCCCUUCUCCAGUCCAAGUUCACAUUACUGCCCAUUCAUCCUAUCUCCAUCACCUCCCACAAAGUAAUAAAACAGUCAGCGUACGUAGGGGUUCAAUAACCAGGGUAAAUAUUCCUGAUAUUUUUGCAAUGAAGGACACAAACAGAAGUUUCAAAGGUGUCCGUUUAUCUGCUGACAAAGAGUUCAUUGUCUAUGGUUCCAAUGCAGAACCUUAUAGUUUGGAUGCAUUUGUAGCUCUCCCUGUGGAUAUUCUUGGACAGGAGUACAUCGCUGGAAGCUAUAGCGAUUGUUCAAGUAAUUUUCCUGCGCUUGUAGGACUUGUUGGCGUUCACAACAAUACGCAUAUAGAAAUAACUCCUGCUAAUGGCACGGAUAUCAUAGUUAUGGGCAACCCUGUAAAUUACAAAACACAAAUUACUCUGAACAGACUUGAGACCAUUCAAAUCGCAUCUACCAGCGACAUUACAGGUACGAGGAUCAAUUCAUCAAAACCACUGGCAGUAAUGUCAGGUAAUAAAUGCGCCAAAGUACCGUGUGGUCAUUCAUUUAGUUGUGAUCAUUUGGUGGAAUAUAUGUAUCCAGUCGAUAGAUGGGGCUACACGUUCACAGUUGUUCCAUCAGCUUACCGGCAAAGUGGGGAUAUUAUCCGCGUUGUAGGCAGUACUGAUGACACCGUGGUCGACAUAACCGGUGUUUCGCGUUUAAUUCUUAAUAGAUCCGGGUUCUAUGAAUUCAAUGUGUCGAAGAACGUUCCUGUGUUUGUCAAUGCCAGUAAGCCCAUUAUGGUGCUGCAGUUUACGCAGAGCCAAGACACAGAUGGUCUGGACAGUGAUCCUUACAUGAUGGUUGUGCCUGCCAUAGAACAAUUCUCGACCAGUUACACCAUCGCUACCGCCAAUCUUCCUGAUAAAGUUUACAAAAACUUCGUAAAUAUAGUCAUCAAAAGCAGUUCUAAAGAAGGCCUUAGAGUUGAUGGAGCCGCUCUCAAUGGUGUUACAUGGCUGGCCAUUCCCAGAACAGACUUUACUGCUGCGCAGCUGAACAUCACUGCGGGUACACAUCGCAUAGAACACAUUUCUCCAAUCCAGACUUUCUCAGUAUUCUCAUACGGGUUUGCCAAAUACGUUUCUUAUGGCUACCCAGGAGGUCUCAGACUGGCUAAUCUGGACAUGGGGUAA